AUGCGACUUACCCGAGUCUGGGACGGUGACUGGGGUGUGCAGUGGAGGUUCGCACCAUCCGUAGCUUCCCUCGGCGCGUUAUCCUUCAAACUUCACGCCGACCUCGCGAACGCGCAUUCCGGACGUACAACAUGGGGAUACUCGCAGUCUACCGGAAUCUCUCUUUCACAAGACAGCGAAUCAGCCAUUGGCGGUAGCGGCGAAGACUGGCUUGAGAAUGGAACGAGUCGAGCACAAUUAGCGAAUCAUAAUAAGCCUUGGGAAGAACAGGCUGCCGGUCCAGAAUGGCUUCGGCGCACACAGGAAGGCAUCAUGGAGGUUAUAAGUAGGGAUGGGACGACCGCACAAAUCGAUCCGUUGAGAUUCUGCCAGUGGCUUCUGGAAGAAGUGCAGAGAAGGGGGGUCACGAUACAUCAGCCAGCGACGGCGACAGCCAUCAUCAAAGACUCAGAAGAUAUGUUGCGCGGUGUAAGGAUAUCAAAGGGUGAUGACGCCGAGUCGGAGACAGAGUUACCAUGUAGCCGUCUCGUCAUAACCUCUGGUGCGUGGUCUCCACGCGUUUUCAGCACCCUCUUCCCAUCCUCGAAAGCGCGCAUCCCCGUCUCCUCGUUAGCUGGCCACUCGCUGCUCGUUCGAAACCCAUACCACAAACCCGAAGAGCUCGACAAGGAAGUCUGCCACGCAGUCUUCGCGACAGAUACACUCGGCUUCUCGCCAGAGUGGUUUGCGAGACUGGGUGGAGAGCUGUAUCUGGCAGGGCUCAAUAGCACAAACAUACCUCUACCGGAGGUUGCAACAGACGUACAAGCUAGUACGAAGGCCAUCGAGCAGUUGAAACAGUGUGCAAAAGCUAUGAUGGUGAAUGUUCCGGGCAAGGAUAUGGAGAUUUUGAGGGAAGGCUUGCAAUUCCAAGCAAACACAAUGUCUACGAACCCCGCCGACGAGGUUGCCGCGAGGAAGCGACAUGAGCGCGAGACGAAUCCCAUACACAUCGAACAACUGGACGCAAGCGUGUUGGCUGCACUACCAAAGGAUGUGAAGAUACUAUCAAUCAGACAGUCCGGUGAAAGCGCGUGGUGUGAGAGUUUCCGCAUCGAUGCAAACCUACAAGAUGGCUCGGAAAGGCAGUACUUCGUCAAGAUCAAAACAGGCGAACUAGGAAAGCGAAUGAUGCAAGGUACCUACGAAUCCGAACUACUUUAUCACUCUUACUGCCCCGAACAUGUUCCAACACCAAUUGCCUGGGGAGCCUAUAAAGACCACCCGGACACAUGGUUCUACAUCUGCGACUUCCACGACAUGGCGAUGGUGAAACUGGAUCCAAGUGCCUUUGUCGACAUCAUUACUGGGGUGCACAGAGCAAGUAUGGGAAAAUCACCGCUCGGCAAAUACGGAUUCCACAUUCCAACCCACCUUGCUCACGUACCGAACGACAACACAUGGGAAGAUUCGUGGGAAGUCUGGUAUAACAGAGCCAUGCAGACCAUGUAUGAUCUAGAGAAGAGCAUGUACGGAGUAGACGAAGAGUUAGAAGUCAUCUUCGAAUCUCUCUGUUCAAAGGUCAUACCUAGGUUGCUUCGGCCCUUGGAAACCGGCGGUCGCUCGAUUGAACCAUGCCUCUUGCAUUCGGAUCUCUGGCCUGGAAACUGUAUGCUGGAGAAAGAGACUGGUAAGACCAUUAUCUUUGACUCAUGUGCUUUCUGGGGUCAUAACGAGUGUGACUUGGGUAGCUGGCGUGCUCCGCGGUACAAUAUGGGUGAGGAGUUCUUUACGUGCUACAAGGAUAUCGUGAAGCCCUCGCAACCAGAGGAAGAUUGGGACGAUCGCAACAGACUUUACGCCAUGCCCGAGUUUCACGAUAGGGCCAAAGCUGAGAUGAGAGGGCUCGUUGAGAAGUUCCCUGGCGGCUUCGAAGACUGGGAAGCCCGACAAGUGUCUUCACCACGCGACCUGUAG